UUUGCAUAGUAAAGGACACUUCGUAUUCAAAAAAUCUGGGCAUGUUGGGCAAUAAGGAGCAAGUUGAUAAACAUGUUUAUCAUCUUCUUGCUAAAUGUUGCAAUCUAAACGAGAGAAAAUCGAAAGCUCUUGAGAUAGCAAAACUUUACCAUGGCGUCAGUGAAUUCGCAACAGCUAAGAGUUACGUUGAAGGCUACUUGGAGUUUAGGCCUGAUUCCGUACCUGCAUACACUCUGUUGGCGAAAAUACAGGAGGAUAUGGACGACUUAUCAGGAGCCUUAGGGACCUAUAAGUCCCUUCGGAGACUGACCAAUCUCGAUAAAAGCACUACACUGCAUGCUUGUUUCCUGGCCCAGGAAUCACAAGAUAUUUCGGAAGUUGAGUUCUGGUCCGGUGUAGCACAAGACAUGUUUCCUACCGAGAAAAUAACAUUUCUGUUAAAAGAAAAAGUCUUGACUCGUGGCAACAAGGUCCCAGAAUUGUUAAGACUUUUGGAAUCUCAGUUGCUAAAAGAUGAGAGUGAUUCCGAAGUCUGUAUUCGACUUGUAAACUUGCUUUACAAGUCAGGAUCCAUUGCAGAUGGAUUUUCACGCUGCUUGAAUUGCAUCAAUGCUGGACGGCAUUUCGGUAUUGCUAGCUGGUUUCAUAACUGCCUGAGUCUUCUAGAACCUGCAAAAGUUGCCAUCCCUAAAGCAGAUCUACCUCGGGAGUCGCUGUAUUUGGUUCGUGCAGUUUGUUUGAUGGAGUUGAUUCGUGUGACAUCACAAACCUCCUGUUUGUCUGAUAUGCAUCAGUUACUUGUACAGCUGGAAGUGGUUUCUAGUGAACUUAGUAAAUUACAGUCUAAAGGUCCAAACACCCUUAAUGAGUUUGCUGUCAUUUGGCUUAAUUUCUAUGGUGGUGUUUAUGCUCAACGGCGUUUCAUGAAUAAAUGUACUGAGUCUUCAGAUUUUCCACACUUCCUCGCAUUUCACUUUUAUCAACGUGUAAGUAAUGCUCGACAUCCCGAUGUUACCCCUGGAUCUUCCAUUAUUUCUGCCUCACUUCGACAUCAUCUUCGCCGAGAGUGUUCCUCAAUUUGUACUCAGGCUACUUACCUGGUUCACUUAUUUUCAGCCUCACUUGAUAAAACGAAACCCACUAAGGAGAACGCGACCAGCUUGGAUUCUUUAACGUGGAAGGAGCUAAUUAGUUUAACUGAUGGGGUUAUGUCUGAAAACUUUACAUUGGAUGCAUAUAGUUUUGAUACAGUUGGCCAGAAAACAUCUAAAACCUUUGAAAUGCAUGGUUCCCUUGACGAAUACUUAACAUCUCCUGAUUGUUUAAAUCUUAUAAUGUGGAUUUGUGCUCAACAGCUAUCUUUCUUGAAUGUAAGUGACGAGGAUUUUACUCUCAGCUUGCCUAGAUUGGAAUUUCUGCUUAAAUCGGUCAAUAAACUAUUUCCCAAGUUGGAAUUUUCUUGUCCAUCACCUGUUUUUGGAUCACCUACUGAGCUUAAAUCUAAUUCAAACGCAAAUGUUGAUCAACUUUGUCAAAUCGACGUAAUUUGUUUUCUGAUCACCUGUUUUCUUUAUAUUUCUACACGGAGUCUUUCUAAAACAAAUUCAAGUUAUGCACAAUCCCUAGGUUCACAGUUAGCAUUUAAAUCAACCAUUUCCGGUGUCGGACUUGAUUUUCUUUUCCUACCUUUGUGUUUAAUACCUACUGUUCAACUUGCCACUUCUGCUCAACGUUCAUGGUGGUCACUACUUACCAAGAAUAUAUUAGAAUAUAGUUCGCAGAAUAAGUUGGAGGACGAAAAUCGUGCGUUUUUUCAGUGUGGUCUAAAUCAACUACGACUUAUAUUCCAUUCUACUCGCUGUCUAAAUUAUGAAGGUGGUAUUAUGAGUCCAUCAUUUUUGUUUCGAGUUGCUCAAGGUCUCACUAAAUUAAUGGACAAUUGUUCAUCCAAUCGACUGGAAACUUUCGAACCAUGGCCUUUACAAUACUGGUUAUUUGCUUUGAAGAAUCAUAUCUUAGGUUUUUCAGCUGAACAAAGUACUCCAGUUAUUCAGUCACACAACGCUUCUUUUUGUUCGGGUUAUACAAAAUUUGGCACAAAUCGUUGUUUUAGUCCUAUGGUGAAUCGAAGUAUGCAGUGCAAUAAAACAGAAUAUGCUGGUUCUCAUAUCCUGUUUUUAAUACCGUCAAAUUAUAACAGUUGGUGUGGUGUUUCAAAUGAUUCAAACGACAUCUCUUCUUUAUGUAUUGAAUGGUGUAAACGAGGUUGGCUCUGGUGCUUAAAUACUAUUGAAGAUCAUUUUCAGACAAGUCGUGAAGUAAGCAAUAAUGAUAAGAAGCUUGUGAAAUUACUUAAUCGUUUAAGUGAUCAUAAUUCGUCGAUUUGUGAUGAGGCAGCUUAUUCACGUCUGAAUAAAAUUCUUGUUCAAUUGUCAAAAUCAAAUGAAUUUACUAGUCUUACAAAUACAGAAUCUCCAAGAAUUAUUCAUAAUCAACAAGUCGAAAGUCUACAAUCGAAUCAAAAUUCUGUGCAGGUUUCACGAAAUACCUACUCAAUAAAUGAGUCUAAUGCUUAUAAUUCUAUUUCGUCAGUUCUCAGUAGUUCAGAUACAAAAGAGAUGCCAACUACAGUUUCACCUAUAGUUCAAAUGAACAAUCCACAUCCUAAUUCAUGUUCUGUUACAACUAACAACAAAGAUACAGAAAGUUUACAAUUGAAUACGAUGAAUAGUAUCAAUCAAAUUAAGACUCCUUCACAAAUUUCCAUAUCACCUCCAUUGGUUAACACUCCUAUUUGUUCAACUAAUGUAACAUCAGAAAAUCCUAAACAUAAUGUUAACUCAACUCUUUCUUGUUCAUUAACGGAAUUUUGCAAAUCACUACAAAAUGCUACUGGUGUACCAUCUCCUAAUCAAAUAACAACAACAGCUUAUCGUCAGGAUUCUUGUCUAACUAAUCUGAUCAGUGUUUGGCAGACUUUAGUCAGUGGUCUGUCGUGUCAGUUAGCUGAGACAAAAGCUGAACUUACACGUAGUCGAGAGCUUAAUGAACAAUUAUCCAAACAAUUAAAUGAGACUAGCAAACAACUAUCAGAUGCUGUUAAUAAAUUUAUUGAAUUUGAAAAAAGUAAUCGAAUUGUUUCAACUAAACCUUCGAUUGAUAUUACUGCAACAACAGGAGCUAAAGUGUUUGAAACUCCGAUUCGAGAACUUUCACUUGCUAUUAGUGAGCUUCGUCAUUGGCUUCCAGAGGGUAUGGCAGCUGCUGCUUGUGCUGCUGUCGAUGCGCGCUUAACAACGUCUGUUCAAACUCCUGUACCUCCGUGUAGUCAGCGUCAGUUAUCAAGUCAUUCAGAAGUAUUAAUACAGUCAAAUAAUACGGCUAAAUCUGUCCAAGAAAAACCAAAGCUCAGUACUUUUAUUUCGUCACCCAAAUCAAAGGAUAAAGAUUCCGAACAAUCUCCUGAAGCUUAUGAGCCAGAUGUGGAUUUUACACCCGCUAUAGAAACACUUCCAGAUCUUGUUGAGUUGAGAAGCGAAGAAGAAGAUGAACAACGUCUAUUUUGUGAACGUGCUCGUUUAUUCCAUUGGGAUAAGUCAAGUGAGAGUUGGAAAACUCGUGGCCUUGGUGAUGCUAAAAUUUUAAAAAAUCCAAAAACGUGUAAAUGUCGCUUAGUUAUGAGACGUGAUCAGGUGAAAAAAGUAUGCGCAAAUCAUUUUAUUACUCCUUCAAUUAAGUUAACUCUUUCAACCAAAGAUCAAAAAAUGGCUAUGUGGGCAGUUAAAGAUUAUUCAGAAUCUACAGAGGGUAUCGAUGAAUUGUUUAUGAUUCAAUUUAAAUCACCUGAAAUACUUAAUAAUUUCAGUAGAAUCUUCUCUGAAUGUACAACGGAAACCAAUAUUGUAAAUACAUCCGUAAAGUUGAUAUCUGAUACUGGUAAUAAACCAUCAUUAAAAAAUGAUACUACUAUUGAUGUAAAAUCAUCAGGACCUAUGACAGAAAGUAUUCAAUCAACUGUAAAUGUUAAUACUAAGCCAUUAAAAGUAGACGAAUCGAAAAACACUGUUCAAUCAAUCAAACCGUCAUCGAAUAUAGAUCUAUCAAAGUUUGCUCCUAAAUUAGAUUCAUGGGAAUGUCCAACUUGUUUACUGUAUCAUGACUCGUCUAUUACUGUGUGCUCAGCAUGUUGCACUGGUAAACCGGGCUCUUCAGGAGAGAAUUCAACUGUUACUUCUAAAGCUACUCUUUCAACAUCUUUAUUUGGUGGCAUUUUACAAAAUUCUGGUGGUUUUGUAUUUGGAAAUACAAAAGGUCCAGAGUUCACGACUACUACUACUAGUGCUAAUAUUACUGAUUCUGUUACAAUAGCCACAGCGACAGUUACAACGUCAAUAGCACAUAAACCUAUAUUCAGUUUUGUUGCCACCUCUCCUAAGCAACUUACAAAUGCCUUUCCUCCUAUAUCAUCAUCUCAGACACCAGUAACAAAGUCGUUCCUUUUUACUUCUCCAUUCACUACAAACUCUUCUGUAUGCGCACCAUCGAUUCCUACAUUUUCUACUCCUUUAGUAUCCAAUGCGUCAGCUAACGAGAAAAAAACAGUUGCACCCAGUACAGGAUUCACUUUUUCUUUUGGUAACGCAUUAUCUAAACUGAAUGAAACGAAUAAUCCAUCGACAGUUAAUUUUUCAACUCCUACUCUAAGUAGUAGUCAUCAUAACGACGAUAAUGAUGACGAUAAAGUCGAACUUCUAGAUGAUUCGAAGUUGACAUUUAAACCUGUGCUUGAAGUUAUGCCACAAAAGAUUGAAGUUGUAACUGGAGAAGAAAAUGAUGACGUUAUAUUUUGUCAGCGCGCCAAACUUUAUCGUUGGGACAAUAGCACUUGGCAUGAACGUGGAGUUGGUGAUUUAAAAUUACUUCGUUCUACAAUAACUGGUGUAAUACGUUGUGUGAUGCGUCGUGAUCAUGUCUUGAAAGUAUGCUGUAAUCAUGUGAUCGGAGCUGGUAUGCAUUUAAAACCUAUGAAUACUGGAGGUGGUCGUGCUUGGAGUUGGUGGGCUAUCGAUUACUCUGAGCAGCCUGAUGAAGCUAACAAAACAACCGAAACCGACUCGUCUGAUUUGGUUGGUGGAGGUAGACGUGAGACAUUUGCAGCUCGUUUUAAGCUUACUGAACAUAGUGAUGAAUUUCGAUCACUUUUUGAAGAAGCUGUUCAAACAGCUGAGAACCGUGCCAAAAUUUCCCAAUCAAGCGAAAUAAAGCUGUCGAAUAAAGAAACAGUAGAUCUAGAUCAAAAUGGUGAUGAUACGGACUCUGAUGUAGUUGUCGUUGAACUUCCUUUAAAGGUAUCAGAUGAUCAAUUAUCUAGAGCUCGUAGACUUAAAUUACCUGAUGAAUUUUACAGUUUUGAAAAUGGUCACAUAACUGGUGAAUCAGAGUAUCUCACAGCACGAGAAGAGGCCGAAGAAGAUGCACUAUUAGAAGCUGCUGUAAAAAGUAAUAGAAAAAAUUGUACUACUGCUACAGAAUAUUCAGAUAGUGAUUCUACCAUUAAACUCACACCAACUUCCAAACAGCAAAACGUAACUACCGAGGUUCAAUGUACAAAAGUAGUUACAACUUCAUCGUCUCCCAUGUACAUCCCACAAGUCAAGGGUUUAAUUAGUUUUUCAACGUUGAGUGAUGCUGCCUCUAAAGACAGUCAACCAAAAUGGGGUUCACCAACUAAUGCUCCAACAUGGAGUAAUGCAGGUGCACAACUAUUUACUAAACCUGUCAAGGCAGUAACUGAACAUGAAGACGGAGACUCAUCGGAUACAGAAAAUGAUCCUCAUUAUGAACCGAUUGUUCCAUUGCCAAAACUUGUUGAGGUCAAGACUGGAGAAGAAGAGGAGCUUUGUAUUUUCCUUCGACGUUGCCGUGCCUACCGUUAUGUUGAUAAAGCCUGGAAAGAACGUGGCGUCGGUGAAGUUAAAGUUCUUGUACAACCUCGUACUAUGCCUACAGAUGCUGCACACUUUGGACCACGUGAUAUAGUCCCAUUAGAAUAUAAAUUAACUGACAUUAAACGUGCACGUAUUUUAAUGCGUCGUGAUCAAGUUUUAAAAUUAUGCUUAAAUCAUCCUAUUAGUCAUGAACUCCCAGUGUUGAAACCGAUGGGUAAUAUGGCUGGCGGUAAUAGUCUGUGUUGGGUCGGUGAAGACUACAGUGAAGGUUCAGCUAGCCUAGAAACAUUAGCUGUUCGAUUUAAACUUGAUACAGAUGCUGAAGAGUUUAAAGCUGCAGUCGCACGAGCACAAGCAGCGCUAAGUGAUUCAUAAUUUCAGUGAGUAUUAUCUUCUCCUUGGAUAAAUUUCUUUCGUGAAUGUUUUCAUGACUGUUCAAGUAUAAGAAUGUCUUAAUCCUAUUCAUUUACCAUCUCUUAUAUAUGUUAUUGUAUUCUUGACUCUCUCGAUCAAUGUAUAUCACUAAAUACUACUUACAAUAUAAAACUGGUCAUAUGUACCUAUGCUUUAUAAUAAAAAUAUAACAUAGAUUUAUCAUUUGUCUUCUCUUUCUUUUAGUUCUAUCCGCAAAGUUGUUGUUAUAACUGUUUACUAUAUACUCCUUAUUAGGACCCAGCUAUUCCUAUUGCUUA